CUUUCGACGUGAACAGACGUGCACAGACGUGAACAGACGCGCACAGUGCGACAAUUCGAAAUUUCGACAUUCGUAAACAGAGUCGAAAUCGCGCGUUCAAGUGCCAAAGUGUAAGACAGAAAAGAAAAGUGCUGGUCUACUGAAACAGAAUUAGUUCGGAAGAGAAAGAGAAGCAAAGCAUGUCCAGUGCACAAGUGUCGCAACAGCCGCCGCCGCAGACAACCACAGCGCUAUCGAUGCCGUCGCAGCUGCUCCUCAGCCACAUAGCCGCCGCCAGCCAGAGCCAUACCAUCAGCCAGCACCAUACACAUCAACCUCAUCCCCAUCCGCAGAGAUUGUCGCCCCAGAGAUCGUCGCCGCACGACUACGAUCAGAGCAGCAACCACUCCACACUCUCGCCCAGAUCCAGGGGCAGUCCCACUCCCAGUCCAGCGGCCGUUGGCGCCAGUCCCACACACUCCACAGCCACAACCGGAUCCCCACAGAGCGCCUACGCUCCUGGAUUGAGUCCAGGCAGAGGAGGACAGGAGCACGCCACGGAACAGGCCGCCGCCGGAGGUGCAACGCCAUCGGGAAUGGCUCUUCUAGUGGCGCCCAUACCCGUGGGCUGUCCGCCACCACAGGGACCGCCGCCACCGGCCACGCAUCCACGACUGUACGUGGAGGGAUUCGCACCACAUCAUGUCCAGCAUCCGCAUUCCGCUCUGGUAAAUGUGAACGGAGGAUAUCCCCUGCCCCGUCUGCCACUAGCUGCUGUGAUGAUGCCAGCCAAUGGUGCAGCGCCAGUGAAUGGUGCAGCCCCACCGCCCGUUUCCAGCUCCUGCUCCCCGCAGCCAUCAAGCAACCACACGACCAGCAGCACCGCAACGAAAAUGACGACACUACCGCCGCCCGCCCAGAGCCAGCCCAAGAAAUCUUUUUGCAUCGAUGCCCUGCUGGCCAAGAGCCAGCACCAGGCGGGUGAGCGGGAGGCCCAGCCCAUCAUCGUCGACGAUCGCCUGGCCGCCCUGCACUACGCCGCCCGGGAUCAGGCAGAGCUCAACCACGCUUUCGUGGCCGCCUCCAAUGCGGCAGCGGCCCAGGCGGCAGCAGCCCAUGCAGCAGCCGUCGGCGGAAUCAGCGAUCACGAGGCACUGCAGCGCAUACGCGAAUCACGGGAAUACGAUUCACCCAGUCCCGACGGCAUGUCACGAUCCGAGUCACCGAGCUCAUCGCAUCGCUCCAGUCCGCCCAUCAGUCCGGGAUGCGAGGACCAGCACACCCACGGCCACGGCCACGGCGGCCUUCCGCAUCCGCAUCCGCACCUGCACCAGCAUCCCCAUCACAUGUCCAUGCGCAUGUCCGAUCUCCAUGACGAGUUUAAGAAGCCCGUGGCACCGCACAGCCCCAUCAGACCCCAAGACUUUCCUCUGUACGCGGGCGGACAUCCGUAUCAGCUCCUGGCACAAGGGGGAUCCGCUUUCCACCGGCCACUAGACCCAUCCGGCAAGCCCAUUCCGAUCCCCAUGGGUCACAACUUUAUGCCCUCGCAGCUGCAAUUUGAGUUCCUGGCCCGGGCUGGCAUGCUCCACCAUCGUAUACCCGAAUUGGCCGCCUAUCCGCACCACGCGAUCCUGGGGAAGACGCGGAGGCCUCGCACGGCCUUCACCUCCCAGCAGCUGCUGGAGCUGGAGAAGCAGUUUAAGCAGAACAAGUAUCUCAGCCGACCGAAGCGCUUUGAGGUGGCCAGCGGUCUGAUGCUCUCCGAGACGCAGGUGAAGAUCUGGUUUCAGAACCGCCGCAUGAAGUGGAAGCGCUCCAAGAAGGCCCAGCAGGAGGCCAAGGAGCGGGCCAAGGCCCAGCAGCAGCAGCAGCAGCAGCAGCAACAGCAGAACCAGAAUCAGCCUCAGAGUGGGGCCAGUUAGGAGGAGGAGGACCCAGAGUUGGAUAUGGAAUUAGAUAUGGAAUUGGAGGAGGAUGUGGAUGCCCUGGAGGAGGAGGAGGUGGAGGGGCAUCCAUUCUAGUCAGGCCGCGAUCAAACCGCCGUCCCACCCAUCAGUGAACCCACAUAUUUUUCGAUUUUCGCAAUUUGUUGAAAUUUGUAGUCGUUCUUUUUUUUGGGCAGCAACAAAAACCAUGCACUGUGUGAUAUAUGUAAACGCGAAAUAUAUAAAUUAAAUGCAUUAUUCCCCCUAUACCCCGCACCCUGAUCCCCACUAAUCAUCCCAUCCAUGCCCCUAUUUGUACAUAAACAUGCAACUAAUUAGACAACAUAAACGAUAAGUAAAUAUAAAUAUAAACAUAAAUCUAAAGUUAAAUAAUGCCAAUAAAUUACGUUAAAUUACGUUCAA